UGAGAGUGGGAGGGUGCAGAGAGAGAGAGAGAGAGCUGAUUAGAUUGGAGAAAGCCAAGGAGGUACGGGUAUACUAUUGAGCAAGGGGAGAGACAGAGCGGAGAGAGGCAGAGGGGAGGGUGACUAAGUGAAUGCAGUUUGCCGUCGCGUGUCGCCAAAUCACAGCGAAGUCCACAGGCAGGCAGACGGAUUGGACAUGAAUCAACAAAUGGAUACGGAAAAACUGGAUGUACGCCGCGUAUGAGGAGAAGAAAAAAAAGGAGGACGAAGAGUCUGCCUUCAUAUCCUUUUAUCUCUGCAUCAGACACUGCUGUGAGGAACCCACAGGGAGGGAAAGGGAAAUAGCGGACAACUCAUUUCUCCCUAACAUCCUUGGAAGCAGAGGAGCUGUGAGCCAGAAUAGAGUCGACUGUGGGACUUGCUGGGAUUGAAUAUAUGCUCGUACCGGUGUGUGUGUGUAAGUGCGAGAGUGUGUGUGCGAGCUGAUAAUAGCAGCCCCAUUGGUAUUCAGCGGAGGGAGCUCCAGGAUCUCGCUGCGCCUUUCCCCAGGAUGGGAUCACAGAGCAGGGAUUGUGCUCGCCUGUGGAGAGCCCGCUGAAAUGGAUAUAAAGCCUUUCAGAGAUGGACACCAAAUGGGCAGCAUGCAAGCCAACACACCCCCCUCCAGCGACUAUCUUUUCACACCUAACCGCCGCCACCAUCUCCAGCCAUCAUCUUGAGCGGGGAUUGAACCUGCGGAGUUGAGGCCGGACAACUUGGACUGAGAUACCAGAAGUCAUCUUCAGGAAGUAGAGAAAAGCCAAGGGUGACAAGCCUCAGAGGAGUUAACUUACAACAAACCAAUCAACCUGUUGAGCAUACGAUUGAGCUUCUUGGACUUUAAUGAAAUAGGCUGGCAGUGAUGCUUGAGCAAUGGUAUGGAGCUUUCGGACAUGUCCGGAUUUAUCGACCGGAUAUCCUAUCAAGAUUACGACACUUGUGUGCACACCUCAGAGCCGGGUCACUUUUUCAGAUUGGCUUGUGGGCAAAAGCGAGUAAUUGAAAGUCCCCCCUCUAGAGGGUCUCUCUUUUGAUUUGGUGGAAGAGGGCUUUUUUGUCCUUUAUUUUUUUUUGGGAAUAAGAAGGAACAAUUUCAAAGCCCCUCUCUUUAUCCCGCAUUUACCCCCUCUUUCUUUUUCACCAUCUUUCUCACACAUUUUGCGGAGAAAUACAUUAUGAAGCAGCACCAUUCGUCUUUAUUCUCCCUCAGUGAUGGAGAGAGUGGAGGGACAGACUGUCCAGAAUAGAUAACGAGCAAGGAGACUGGCACUAAGGAGAGGAGAAGGGGAAAUAAAAAGCUGAAAAAUAGAGGUAGACAGGUAGAGAGAGAGAGAGAGAGAGAGAGAGAGAAGAAGCAGAGAAGGCAAGAAAGGGAAAAUAGAGAAUUAACUAGGAUUGUUCAAAAUCCUUUUGGAGACUCAGAGCAUCUUUCUAAUUUCGCCCGUGCUGUGUUGGAGCCUAGUUAGUGCAAUGGGCAGGGGAGGGGUCAGGAUUUACACCAGGGGGGGCACUUGAGCAGGAGAGUAGGGUUAUGUCCCCCCUGCACCUGCCUGGUCUAUAUCUCAGUGUUUGGCAGGAAGACAGACUGAAAGAUGGUAAACAGACAGCUAUACUGAAUGACGGACAAGCUCUGAGGCUGGUAAGACAGACAGGAAGAUAGACAGACAGAAAGACGGGUACGCAGUCUAUUCCAAGUGUCAGGCAGAGAGCCAGACAUCCAGUGCCGGCACAGUAGACAGUGUACAUUCAUUGUCAUUCUAUGCAGUAUGUGAGGAAGAGACAGAGAAAAGGAAAGAAAGCAGAGGCAGAAAGAAAGAAGAGGAGCAUCCCUCUGUUUGUAGCUUCUGGAGAAUCUCACUUCAUCUGUAUCCACCUCAGUCAGUACUGUGGCAAGCCCAUGCACUAAAAAAAAAACAGGUUGGAAAGGAGGGGGCUGUUACUAGAAAGGAAAUACAGGCUGAAGAGAGAGAGAGAGGGGGAGGGAGGCAGGCAGAGCAACAGAGGGAAAGAGCAGGUGUCGGAAAUCCUCCCCUUCAUCUGCUUGUCAUUUACUCCUUUAUGUUCUCUCGUCGUCUGGUGAGGUGAUUGGUUUUCUGAUGCUGGUGUUCCUCUGCUCAUAGGCCCUCCGCAAUCCCGAGGAAAACAAGAGGUGGGCAGACAGAGGAAAAGCAGAAAAAGACAGCAUAGAAGGAAAAUUUUGAUUGACUAAUUUUUCACCCCUUCAUUUUUUCAAAACGGGCUCUUGUUAUUUUUUCACUUUUUUUUUUUGGUUUUUGUUUUUAAGUAAGAGAUAGAAAGAAAGAACACGGCCCAAUCAAUCCCUCAUUCCCUUUGUACACAGAGUUGAACCUCUCCUUUCAUCAACUGUUGAUUUUUCUUGCCUUGUCCUAAAGGGAUUAUUUUCUCCUCCAUCUGAGUAUAAACACUGGAAUCCUCUCCAUCCUCCUCUGUAUGUUCUCACACCACCAAUGACACAGUGUGAACCCCUCUGACUCCCCCACGGCGUCCCCCUCCCUGGCCGAAGUGCUAAAACCCUGUUGUCUCGGAUCUCAAUGAAUGUGUUAACUCACCUCUACAGCGAUAACAUGGCACAGCGCUUCCGAUAACGUCUGAUUCAUUCUGUGGUGGAACAGGCAGCCAGCAGACCAUUCUCCAUGAGGAGCAGUAGAAGAUGCCGGCUCUGCCAGCACUGCUGCUGUCAAUACACUUCCUCUCCUUCCUGCUAGUCACCAUGCCGCCACGCUCCCUCAGUCAGGCCCCCUUACUCUCCUCCGUCCGCAUGGCGGCAAUCCUGGAUGACCAGUCUGUGUGUGGGCGCGGGGAGCGACUGGCGCUGUCCCUGGCCAGGGAGAACAUCAACAGCGUGAUGGAGGGUCCGGCCCGAGCCCGAGUGGAGGUGGACAUAUAUGAGCUGCAAAAAGAUUCCCAGUACGACACUACUGACACCAUGUGUCAGAUUCUACCCAAAGGCGUCGUCUCUGUGAUAGGUCCCGCCUCCAGCCCCGCCUCUGGCUCUACUGUCAGUCAUAUAUGUGGCGAGAAGGAGAUCCCUCAUAUAAAGAUUGGUCCGGAGGAAACUCCACGCUUGCCGUACCUGCGCUUCGCCUCUGUCACUCUGUACCCUAGCAACGAGGACCUGAGCCUGGCCAUAGGAGCCAUCUUGCGCUCAUUUGGUUACCCCUCAGCCAGCCUGGUCUGUGCAAAGGCUGAGUGCCUGCUGAGAUUGGAGGAACUGGUCCGCCGCUUUCUCAUCUCUCGGGAGACGCUGUCAAUCAGGAUGCUAGAUGACAACCUGGACCCUACGCCGUUGCUGAAGGAGAUCCGUGACGACAAAGUGGCUACCAUCAUCAUUGACGCCAAUGCUUCUGUCUCCUAUCUCAUCCUCAAGAAGGCAUCAGAGCUGGGGAUGACGUCAGCAUUUUACAAGUACAUCCUCACCACCAUGGACUUCCCACUACUGAGACUGGAUGAUAUAGUGGAUGAGCAGUCCAACAUUGUGGGUUUCUCCAUGUUUAACACCACCCAUCCCUUCUAUUUGGAAUUCAUCAGGAGCCUCAACCUCUCUUGGAUGGAGGGCUGUGACCUAACAUACCCCGGCCCUGCGCUCUCGUCAGCGCUGAUGUUUGACGCGGUGCAUGUGGUGGUGGGGGCAGUGAGGGAAUUGAACCGCAGUCAGGAAAUCGGAGUGAAGCCGCUCAGCUGCACCUCACCUCAGAUCUGGCAACACGGGACCAGUCUUAUGAACUACCUGCGCAUGGUGGAGUAUGAUGGUCUGACAGGACAUGUGGAGUUCAACAGCAAAGGUCAGAGGACCAACUACACCCUGCGGAUCCUGGAGAAACACAGAGGAGGCCACAAAGAGAUCGGGAUCUGGUACUCCAACAACACCCUGGCAAUGAACUCUACCAGCCUGGAUAUUAAUGUCUCAGAGACGCUGGCAAACAAGACACUCAUUGUCACGACCAUACUGGAGAACCCAUAUGUGAUGCGCAAAGACAACUACCAGGACUACCAGGGCAACGACCAGUAUGAGGGCUUCUGUGUCGACAUGCUGAGGGAGCUGGCAGACAUCUUGAAAUUCUCCUUCAAGAUUAAGCUGGUGGAUGAUGGGCUGUAUGGGGCUCCAGAGCCCAACGGCUCUUGGACUGGCAUGGUUGGAGAGCUAAUAAACAGGAAAGCAGACCUGGCUGUGGCAGGCUUCACCAUCACGUCCGAGAGAGAGAAAGUUAUCGACUUCUCUAAGCCGUUCAUGACCCUGGGGAUCAGCAUCUUGUACAGAGUUCAACUGGGUCGUAAGCCAGGUUACUUCUCCUUCCUCGAUCCCUUCUCUCCAGCUGUCUGGCUCUUCAUGCUGCUCGCCUACUUGGCUGUCAGCUGUGUGCUCUUCCUGGCUGCAAGGCUGAGCCCUUAUGAGUGGUACAACCCUCAUCCGUGUCUGCGAGAGCGCAGAGACAUGUUGGAGAACCAGUACACCCUGGGUAACAGCCUGUGGUUCCCUGUUGGAGGCUUCAUGCAGCAGGGAUCAGAGAUAAUGCCCAGAGCCCUCUCCACCAGAUGUGUUAGUGGAGUAUGGUGGGCGUUCACCCUGAUCAUUAUCUCCUCCUACACGGCCAAUCUGGCAGCCUUCCUGACUGUCCAGAGGAUGGAGGUUCCCAUCGAGUCUCCGGACGACUUGGCCGACCAAACCAACAUUGAGUACGGCACCAUCCACGGCGGGAGCACCAUGACGUUCUUCAUGAACUCUCGUUACCAAACCUACCAGCGGAUGUGGAACUACAUGAACUCCAAGCAGCCCAGUGUAUUUGUGAAAAGCACAGAGGAGGGCAUCGCCCGCGUGGUCAACUCCAAGUAUGCCUUCCUGAUGGAGAGCACCAUGAACGAGUACCACCGCGGCCUCAACUGUAAUCUCACACAGAUAGGAGGCCUGCUGGACACCAAGGGCUAUGGCAUCGGCAUGCCGUUGGGGUCUCCGUUCAGAGAUGAGAUCACGUUGGCCAUCCUCCAGCUGCAGGAGAAUAACAGGCUGGAGAUACUGAAGAGGAGGUGGUGGGAGGGAGGCCAAUGUCCCAAAGAGGAGGACCACCGUGCCAAGGGUCUGGGCAUGGAGAACAUUGGGGGCAUCUUUGUGGUGCUGAUCUGUGGCCUCAUUAUCGCUGUGUUUGUGGCCAUUAUGGAGUUUGUGUGGUCGACACGUCGCUCGGCAGAGACCGAUGAGGUAUGCCCCCAUACCUGCCCUCGCCGACCCCACAGACACACCCCAGUGUCUGUUUGUCGGGAAAUGAUCACAGAGUUCCGAAACGCCGUCUCCUGUAAGAAGAGCUCCCGUAUGCGGCGCCGUCGACCCCUCAGCAGCUCAGCAGCUCUUCGCCACCCCACACGCAUCGCUUUGGGGGCCCCUCGGCCACUGCGUCUGGUCCGGGAGAUGCGCCUCAGCAAUGGCAAGCUCUACAGUGGAGCUGGCCCGCUGACAGGUGGUGCUGGAGGAGGAGGUGGAGCAGCAGGGACAGGGGCUUCUGAUCUGGGCCCUGGACCCCAGCGGAUCUUAGAUGACCCACUGGGGGCCAACACCACCCCUCCUCCACCAGCUCCUACUCCUGUGAUGCUGCCUGCCCGCAGCUGCACCCAUGUGAGGAUCUGCCAGGAGUGCCGGAGGAUCCAGAACCUGAGAUCAGGCAGCAGUAUAGGAUCAACCACAACAAGAAUACCACCUUCAUCAGCACCCCUACCCAGGCUACCCCCACCUCCACCCCCAUCCUCAUCCAACACAGACAGUGAGGGCGGAGGGGGGCCCAGCCCAAGGCGGCUACACCACAGCACUCCACCUCAUACCUCCCGACCCAUUCAACCUCCACAGAACAGCAACACCACAGACCUACUGGGGGACCAAGACUGAGACCAGAAGCAGUGGGCGGGCGAGAAGGCUGCAGGGAGCCAGUGAUGAGGUGACUGAGGAACAUUUGUGUUGCUGAGAGACGCUGUUUGAUUCAAAGAGAGGGAGAAAAGGAGAGGGGGGUAAAAAAAAAAAAGUUGAACUCUGUGAUGUCAACCACUAGAAAAUGAGACCACCUUUAAAAAGAGAACAAACAGGAAGAACAAUGACUCUUCCUCCAGUUGAGCUUGAGGCUUACAGAUACAGAUACAGAACUGGCUAAAAGCACACUGUGAGGCAUGGUUAAGCAUCUGUAAUCGACUCCGAAGAACAGUUCAGUUUGGACCAGUCUGAGCGGAAAUGCACAUGACCAGAUGAUGGUUUCCAUUGGCCUCCUUUUUCUCUCCUUACUCCCCCUCUCACUUCACUUUUAGAUUUGAGGGCGCUGGUUUUCUUCCACAGACAUUUGCCUGGAAAUUUACUGCCCCUCUCGUAAAACGAAACCUUGUUGGAGGACAUACUGUAUCCGUAUGUGAUUUAAAACUAAGCAACUAAAAGACUUCCAGAGAAUUA